AAUGAAAACCCAAACACCAUGAAUAACCCACCAGGAUUUGAUGAAGAUUUUUUGGAAUUUGAAUCAAAGGUCAAUCAAGUGAUGAAAUUAUUGGAAGACAUCAAUAAUGCCAAUAAGAAAGAUGAUGACAGCGGUAGUCCUUCCAAGAAGGCGGCGCCUAAGAAUAUUUACGAUGAAAUAGAUGAAAAUAAUUUCAUUGUAACGGUUAAGGAAAGUCGUACCGUUUUAAAUCGCAAUGCUCUGGAAAACGAUGAUACAGAAGAUGAGAAGAAGGAAGGCGGUCCCAGUGUUAUGGAUAAAUUUACAUUUAUGCAACAAUUUGAAAAGGAUGCAGAUGAGAGGGCCAAGGCUCGUAGAGAACGUGAACGAAUAGCACAACAUUUUAGAACUUUGGGUAAUGAAGCAUUUCGUAAACAAAAUUAUGAAAAGGCCAUUAAUAUGUACACGAAGGCAAUGGAUCAUAUACGAGAUAGUCCUAUUUUAUAUAAUAAUCGUGCAUUAGCCUAUAUGAAAUUGAAAAACUAUAAACGUGGCAUAAUGGAUUGUGAUUAUGUUUUAAAUAAACUGGAGGAGAAGAAUAUACGCAGCUGGUUAUAUCGUGCUGCUGCUUAUAAACGUUUGGGCGAUGAAAAGAAUUUCGAAACUAGCAUUAAAUUGGCCAGAAAAAAUAAUCCGAAGAAGGGUGAAUUUAUUGAUGACUUUUUGGAGAAAUUUAAAAUGGAAUCUAUAUAAAUAA